GAAACUCCUUCGAAGGAGGAUCAGGUUUCACGUAUAUAUCACACUUACUCUGAGAAGAUUUAGAAAUAAAGAAGAAACAUAUUAAGCCUCACACUUGUAGCAAGGGUGAAUGAAUCGCUCAGUCAAAAUGUCUGCUGAAAGGUUGCAAGCAGCUCCAAGCUCAGUGUUUUACAAGGCAGUGGAUGGUGUUGAAGAAAUCCUGAGUGGCUAUUUGGUGAAGUCUCCUCCUUCAGGGCCUUUCUUUUACCCGAAAUCUUGGAAGAGGAGAUUUUUUGUAUUAUGCAAGACCCCUGAUAACGUUCAUCUUCUGAAAUACUGCAAAGAUGAAGAUGACAGAGACAAGCCGCUAGGAGUUAUCAACUUGUCUGUCAAUACACUGAUUUUUCCUCAUCCGGAAAACCAUAGGAAAUGGAAUUGGAUACAGAGGAUGUUUAAAUGCCAGCCUGAUUCUGUACUUUACAUAUGCACCACAGAUAGGGAAUAUUUUCUCAUUGGAGAAAACAAACAGGAUGUGGAUACAUGGUUCAAUGCUAUAAUCUCUGUGCUGACGUCAAUUUCGAAAGUGGAACCUUUGAGAAAUACGGUGCAGGAGCAGGAGAGGCUACGAUCCAAGUCUGAGUCAAAUGCAAAAAAAGCAAUGAAUGACCUUACUAAAAAUAGCAGCAUUCAACAGGGUGCAACCUGUAAAUCAUUUACUGCAGAUCACAAGCUGAGACCACAGUCACUCUCGGAAUCUUACUACAGCGUACCUAAACCUAAGGUGGGCCCACCACCUAAACCGGAGCCAACUGAAAACCCUAAUCUGUACAUGCCUAUGACUUCAGUGCUAAGAGUAGUGGAGGAAGCACAGUCUGACCAAAACAGGGUCUCCACACCUCCUGCUUCAGGAAACAUUGCUGAUAUCAGAAAACCACAUGACUUUCACUUCGUUAAGAGAGAGGUAUAUGUAAUUGAAGAAAAUCUGAAGAAUCACCUGACCCUUGGAAAACCUUGUGUUGCCCACUGGCUGAGUUCUCUAGAUGAUGGAUAUGUUCUCUAUGAAGGAGACCAGAUUAUUGCUGUUAAUGAUCUUGGGACUAACAGUACUCCGGAAGUUCAAACAUGCUUGAGUAAAAAUAACAAUGAAGAGACCCAGAGCAUCUGAAUCUUUUAGUGUCGAGCAAUGCUCUUGUGAAUAAACUGAAGGACCGUACCUGACAUGGUAAACAGCCCUUACAGGACAUUGGGUUAAGACUUUCAUUACAAUGUUAUCUACACCUCACAGGGCACUGAACAGAUUGUAUGCCACACCAAAAACAAAUACAAGACCUACACAAAUACCAGUGGAGAAAAAAAAUAAACAAAAACAGACAGAACUUUUCAAUGAAGGGCAAUGUUAUUGGGACAGUCCUUACACACUCUAACACUUCAAAUCUAACUUCGAAUCUAUUGUGUACUAAACAGCCUUUCAAAUAUCAAAUGACCUGUAAAUCAAGUAUAAACAAAAAUAUAUAGAUCAAUCAUACAUUUUUAUUGACAUAAUAUUUUACAAGAGAGUUUUACCCUAUAGGCCUUAAUACUGCAGUUUUAAGUUCAAGCCAUCUGUUAAUCACAUAAUAUAUAUGUGUGUGUGUGUGUGUGUGUGUGUGUGUGUGUGUGUGUGUUUUGACUAGCCUUAACAUGUGUAAUUUUAUAUACAGAUUGUACAUAACCCACUCGAUAGAUCGCGGGUGUCGGGGUCCAGUAUAAAUCCUCUGUAUAUCGAGGGCCGCGAUAUAGCGAGAGAACCACGGAAAA